AUGAACGUGACGAAUGAGCCGCCGAUCAACGAAGGAGAUUGCCUUCACGCCAGUUUCAACAUAUCGUCGCACGGAAUAUGGGACGAACUAGAAUCUGGAGGGGCGAUUCUCGGAUAUUCGUUGCCUCUUUUGGAGAUGCAAGUCAUGGCCAUGUUCUUGGUCAUUGUCUUGACUCAUAUGUUCCUCAGAUGCAUCGGCGUACCUCAGAUCGCUUCCCACAUGAUCGGCGGGCUGAUUCUUGGUCCUCAGCUAUUCGAUCUACGUGAAUUCUCACUCCGGCGGCUGUCACUGGAUCCCCAAUUCAGCGGAAAUCAGACGCUGGAUGCGAUCUCCACGUUGGCUUCGAUACUUUUCUCGUUCUCGAUGACCGUUAGGACCAACCGAGGAGUAGCUUUCACCGGCGGGAAACUCCCAGUCGCCAUUGCCUUAUUCUCAUUCUUACCUCCUCUCUUCAUCGGCCUCAUCUUCAGAUUUCUGCUCACAGAAAACCUAGACCCUCUCUACAUGCCUCGGAAGCUUGCCCUAGCCGAACGUUCCGUGAUCAUCACGACACAAGCUUCCACUCUCUUACCGACAAUAACCCACCUCCUAUCCGAACUCAAGAUCCUCAACUCGGAACUUGGCCGACUCACCUUGUCCGCCGCUGUCCUAGCCGAAUAUCUCGGGAUUUUCGUCAUCAUAAUCGCUAGCUUUGUCGGAACGUACAGAAACGUCUCCCCCGGGAUCGCUUACCGUGAUGCCAUCGCCACAUUGAUAUUCUUCGUCUUUCUCAUCUUCAUUUUCAAGCCUGCUGUCGAAUGGAUCAUCCAUCAGACGCCCGAGGGAAAACCCGUUCGGAACGUUUACAUUAACGCUGUUAUCGUUACCGUUUUCGCCUCUUCUGUUUUCACGACGUUCUUCAACCUUAAGUAUGUUCUCGGACCGAUAUUGAUCGGUCUGGUAAUACCGGACGGUCCUCCUCUUGGUUCUACGUUAGAGGCGAAAUUUGAGAAGGUCGUUAAGAAUGUGCUUUUACCGAUCGCGAUUUCGGCAUCUUUGAUGAGAGCCGACAUAACGAGAAUCUUUUACGAGUUCGAUGACAUUUCUUAUAACAUAUUUCUCUUGGUUCUGAUGCUUAUCCUGAAACUUCUUGGCGCUCUUUUGCCUUGCUUGUACUUCAAGUUACCUCUGAAGGAAUCUAUGGCAGUCGCCAUUAUCACUAGCAGCAAGGGUUUCUCCGAGCUCUAUCUUUACGAAAUCGCGAGAGAAAAGUCGUAUCUCUCGAUCGGGACGCAUUCGCUACUCAUGCUGUACGUACUUAUGAAUUACGGAAUCAUCCCUACCAUUGUCAACUCUCUGUACGAUCCAAAGAGGAAGUACGUCGGAUUCCAAAAGGCGAACAUUAUGCAUCUGAAACCGAACUCGAAUGUCAGAAUCCUCACUUGUCUGCACAGACCAGGCAACAUUUCUUCGGCCAUUGGUUUGCUUCAGUUACUGAUCUCACCGAACCAGGACCCACCCAUUGUGGUCACGGUCCUACAUCUCGUGAAACUCGUGGGCCGUGUCCUUCCCGUUCUCAUAUCGCACAGCAAGAAGUCGAAACGGAUGCUUCUGAGCUCUUACAUUCAGACAGCCAUGCUCGAGUUCAGCCAGUUCGAGGAAGACAACUGGGGAUCCUUGUCCUUGAACAUGUUCACAGAUUUCUCCCACGAGAAUAUGAUGCACGACGAUGUCUGCCAGCUCGCGUUAGACCAGUCAUCGUCGAUUAUCAUCCUACCCUCUGGUCGGAAGUGGACUCUGGACGGAUCGUUCGAUUCAGACGACGUAGCGAUCAGAAACCUGAACGUUUCUCUCCUCGAACGUGCGCCCUGCUCGAUCGGAAUACUCGUGGACCGAGGCCAGUUCUCCCGGAGAGCGAACUCGAAGAACGAUGAAAAGGGCUCGGAUAAAUACCCGAUAAACGUGGGAGUGAUCUUCAUCGGGGGGCAGGACGAUCGAGAGGCGUUGUCUCUGGCGAAAAGAAUGAUACAGAACCAAAGAGUGUGUCUGACGGUGAUCCGAUUCGUCACGGAUCAAGAGACGGAGUCCACGAGCUGGGAGUACUUUCUUGAUUACGAGGUGUUGAAGGAUCUGAAGCGGAGCAGCGACAGCGACGAGAGCAUAGUGAUAUCGUACAAGGAGAAGGUGGUGAACAGCGGUCCGGAGGUGGCGAGGACGGUGAGAGGGAUCGGGAAAGAUUACGAUCUGAUGAUCGUGGGGAGAGAUCACGGAGAGGCCUCUCCCGAUUUCUCGGGAUUGGAGGGUUGGAUGGAAAUGCCGGAGUUAGGCGUGAUCGGAGAUUUGCUCGCUGCGAGAGAUUUGAAUUCGCACGUAUCUGUUUUGGUAGUUCAACAGCAGCGGCAACGGGCUUGA